AUGAGGAGCCCAUUUUGCCCCACAACCCCUUUGCUCGCAGCAUGAGAGCUCCAUCCAUGGCCGCGAAGAAGACACCUCUGUAGACCGACAGCACAUGGCCGUUGCUCUAACUCCUGCCAGCAUGGAUGCGCUCUCUAACAGAUCAAACAAAGGCGGCACCGAGCUAUCAGCUUGUUCUAAUCCUGGUUGUGGUGUUGUUGACUCAAUCACAACGAAUCCAGAGUUUUCAGAACUGCAAUCUGGAAGAUCGGCACCGAAGCGGAAAAGUAAGCGGGAAGCGUUUGAAGGAGUAGACUACAGAAUUGCCCCUUCAAUAAAAAGUACGUUCCAGAAGUGUGUGGAACGCGUUGCUUUUAGGGGCGAUGCAGAUGUGUUUGUUCCAAGUGUUGGAACAAUUUUUGAUCCAAAGGAUGAAGUUUAUGAUUUCUACAACAUGUUCUCUUGGGAGUGUGGCUUUGGUAUUCGCUAUGGAAAGAGUAGCACUAAUAGCAAAAAAUACAGAACAAUGCAGGACAUCGUUUGCCAGUGCGCGGGCAAAGAAGAAAGGCCAAACACAACAACAUGCCGCACUGGUUGUGAAGCUCGUAUAAGACUACAUCGAACUGACGACCAUGGAUGGUAUGUGACCGUUUUCAUUAACAAGCACAAUCACCCACUAUCUGUGAAGUGUGGUGAGAAAAAACAGUGGAAAUCACAUAGCGUCAUAAGUCCUUUAGCAAAGGAUUUUAUUCGUAACCUGAGGGAGAACAACAUCAGAUUUGAUCAGAUAUACAACAUAUUAGGGUCAGGUCUUGGAUCUUCUCUAGGCGUGCCUUUUAGAAAGUAGACACUGAGAACACUGUGUGCAAGCAUAGCUCAUGAUUCUAUCGCCGAUGAUAUGGCCAAAACCACUAGUAUACUUCAGGAUAUGAGUGCCAAAGAUCCGGACUUCAAAGUUUGCGUGCAAGUAGACGGUGAAAGCAGGGUGAAAACAGUAAUAUGGUGUAAUGGUAAAAACCGUCUAGAUUAUGCACAUUUUGGUGAGGUGGUUACUUUCGAUACCACUUACAGGACCAACCUGUAUAACAUGCCAUUUGGGCUUUUUGUUGGUGUCAAUAACCAUUUCCAGUCUAUUAUUUUUGGUGGCGUCCUCAUGAUGAUGAAAAGACUCCUACAUUUGAGUGGGCAUUUAGAAAUUUUAUUGACUUGAUGGAUGGGAAACAUCCUACUACUAUAUUGACAGGUCAGAUUAUAGAAGUUGUCUUCAUACAUUGUCGUAGGUUAUCAGGUUAUACAUAUGCUAUUAUAUGUUCGCCUUAGUUUGAUCACUUUUCUUUUGUACUCCUACAGAUCAAUGCAAAGCUAUGCAAAAUGCUUUACGAACUACAAUGCCCCACACCCGUCACAGAUGGUGCAGAUGGCAUGUGUUAAAGGUGUUGAAAGAGAAAAUUGGACAUGUGUACAGCAAACAUUCUGUCUUCAAGAAGGAAUUCCACGCGAUAGUAAAUGAAGAGACAGAUGUAGAAUCAUUUGAGUGGAGGUGGCAUCAAUUGAUUAAAAAAUACAAGCUUCAAGGGAACAAGUACCUUCGCAGGAUUUUCAAAUGGAGGGACAUGUGGGCAAUGCCAUACUUCAUGGGCACUUUCUGUGCCGGAAUGACCAGCACGCAACGGAGCGAGAGUGCGAAUCAUCUCUUGAAAAAGUUCAUCAGCAGAUCAUCCCCAAUGCACUUGUUCGUUAAGCAGUACAACAAAUUGCUUGAAUCCAGGAGUCAGGCAGAGGACGAGGCAAACUAUGUCAGCAAGCAGACACGCAGACGGCUUGUAAUUGGUGCUACUAUCGAGAUAGAUGCAGCGGCUGUGUACACGAAGGCCUUGUACGAAAAAUUUUCACACGAACUUUUUAGAUCUGGCUCUUUUGAUGCACGCUGUUCCAAGCCUGGUCAUGUCUACAAGGUCAAGUUGUCGCCGCAACUAGCCUUAACUGAUUAUGACAAAAAAAUAUUCACUGUCAAAGUGGAGGACGGUUGGGAUCUUGUCACAUGUGAUUGUGGAUUUUUUGAUCAUGUCGGAUUGCUGUGCUGCCAUUCAUUAAAGGUCUUAGUUCAGAACAAUAUUGGCAAGAUUCCAUCAAGGAAUGUAGUCAAACGAUGGACUUUAUGGGCAAGGGAAUCAAGGCCGCUGCACCUGGCAAAUGAGGGUGAAUUGGGGGAGCUGUCUUCUCAAAUUACGUAUAGAAGAAAUGUUCUGUAUGUGGCUGCUAUGGACCUUAUCAAGGAGGCAUAGUCCGGGUCUGAGUCAUUCCAAACGGCGUUCGCAGCUAUAUGCGAGGCAAAAGAACAAAUUGCAAGUAAGAAGGCUUCAGAUAUGCUUGUUGAUACUAUCGCCGAACAAGCAAAUCCUGUCCGGCAUACCAUAACUGAUAUUGGGUCAGAAACCCAACUGCUUCCUCCACAACGUGUGCUGUCUAAAGGACGUCCUAGCUCCCUUCGUCCAAAGAGUCGUAUGGAUUAUAUUGUGGCUAAGAAAGCUAAAAAGCACUACGAGGACGGCCCAUGCCAUGCACACGAAGAUACUGCCGGCCCAAUGCCACCCCCUCCAUCCAGAAGAAGGAUUGUGAAGUGUAGUCUAUGCAAGAUUCCGGGGCACACAAAGGGUAAUUGCACUGCUAGGGGAGUUUGAGUGCAAAUGUUCAGAUCAGUCAGGAAUUGGGGCAUCUCCUGUGGUCAUGGAAGUUUAUGUUAAGUGUCACUACAUUGUACCUGUAGCGUCGCGGUGUGUUCAUGAUUUGCUAGUGUGCUUGGUGUACUAUAUUUUGUACUGUGUUUUUUUAUAUGAAUCUGAACGCUCAUGGAUUCUUGUUC